UUCCGCAGAAUGAAUCGCCAGAUGCUAUUCAUCUUUAAAUGUCGACUUUCACAAGGUCAGGAUAUCCUACGACGAGCUCUGUGCUCAGGUGCAGUGACCUCGACGAGGGAUUGCGUGCUGGAUCACGAUAUCGUGAGCCAGGCCAGACCGUACGAGGAGAUACCGGGACCAAAACCGAUCCCGAUCCUCGGAAAUACCUGGCGGCUGUUUCCGGUGAUCGGGCAGUACCAAAUCUCCGACACGGCCAAAGUGUCGCAGAUGUUCUACGACGAAUACGGAAAGAUCGUUCGUUUGACCGGUUUAAUAGGUCGACCGGAUCUAUUGUUCGUUUACGACGCCGACGAGAUCGAGAAGAUCUACAGACAGGAAGGACCGACGCCCUUCAGACCGUCGAUGCCGUGUUUGGUGCAUUACAAGAGCGUCGUCAGGAAGGACUUCUUCGGGAGUUUGCCCGGAGUUGUCGGAGUACACGGUGAACCUUGGCGUGAAUUCCGGACGAGAGUCCAAAAACCAGUUCUUCAGCCGCAGACGGUUAGAAAGUACAUAAGCCCGAUCGAGGUGGUCACCGUCGACUUUAUAAAAAGGAUCGAAGAAAUUGUAGGAGAGGAUGGAGAACUGCCAGGAGAUUUUGACAACGAGAUACACAAAUGGGCUUUAGAAUGUAUAGGUCGAGUUGCUCUUGACGUUAGAUUAGGGUGCUUAGGCGGGACUCUGACUCCGGACUCAGAACCACAGAAAAUCAUCGACGCGGCAAAAUAUGCUUUGAGAAACGUGGCCGUGCUCGAAUUGAAAGCUCCUUAUUGGAGAUAUAUACCCACGCCUCUUUGGACUCGAUAUCUACGCAAUAUGGACUACUUUGUCGAAGUGUGUAUGAAAUAUAUCGACGCGGCGAUAGAAAGGCUGAAAACUAAACAGGCCGUGGAUGAAUCCGAUUUGUCUUUGGUGGAAAGGAUCUUGGCCAAAGAAACUGAUCCCAAAAUGGCGUACAUUCUCGCUUUGGACUUAAUUUUGGUCGGGAUAGACACAAUAUCGAUGGCCGUAUGUUCGAUAUUGUAUCAACUAGCAACUAGACCGGAAGAGCAGGAAAAAAUUUAUCAAGAACUUGUGCAAAUUCUUCCCGAUCCAUCCGUUUCUCUAACUACGAGCCAUCUUGAUCAGGCAAUUUAUAUGAAAGCCUUCAUCCGCGAAGUUUUCAGAGUAUAUUCUACCGUCAUUGGAAACGGUAGAACAUUGCAAAACGACACCAUAAUUUGCGGCUACAGAGUACCGAAAGGAGUACAAGUUGUAUUCCCGACAGUUGUAACUGGAAACAUGGAGGAGUACGUAACAAACGCCAAAACGUUUAAGCCGAUGAGGUGGAUCAAACAAUCCGCCAACGAGAUAUUGCAUCCUUUCGCGUCUUUACCUUUCGGUCAUGGCGCUCGCAUGUGUUUAGGUAGAAGAUUUGCCGAUUUAGAAAUGCAAGUGCUGCUUUCUAAGCUGAUACGAUCUUACAAGCUGGAGUAUCAUCAUGAACCGUUGAAGUACAAGGUCACGUUUAUGUACGCUCCCGACGGUGAACUUAAAUUCAAACUGAUACCAAGAUAAUCGAAAUUCAUGUUUCCCGUUAGGGAUGGGAACAAUGAUCAAAGUGCUCUCUGGAUA